GAGUACAAACUCGAACCAGGAGUCGGAGCUCGAUCGUCUCCGCAAAAAAAUCCAGCAAUACGAAGUGACUGUCAAAGAACAAAAGAAUGCACUUGAUCAUCUGAAAGCAGAACGUGAACGAUUGCAAAACAUUUAUCGUGAAAAGGCAAAACAAGCAGAUCAUCUCAAUCAACUAUCCCAAUCGUUCGAUGCCAAAUUAAGCAAAAUGCGUCAGGAUCUUAGAGACACAUCCGACAAACUUGUUAUCGCAGAAACAGAGAGAAAUACACUACGCUCCGAAAUCACCAAACUACAACAUGAGCUGCAGUUCGGCAAAGAUCAAAUGGUACGCAAAACGGAUGAAUAUCAGUCAUCUCUAGAUGAUUUAGCAAAUGCUCAUCGUGCUGCAGAAGACGGCCGACUUAAUGCACUACAGGAGCUGGAAUCAAGAAAAUAUGAGCUUGCCGAUCUGAAGUCGCGUCUUGAAAACACGGAACAGCGUCUAACGUCGCUACAACAAGAUUACAACAAAGCGGAAAGCGAACGGGACAUUCUUGCCGAUUCCCUUCGACGUUUCUAUUCCGUGACCACACACGCGGUGACGCUGCACAGAGUCAAGGAGGAUAUCGAUCGUGAUCAACCAGUUGAAACUGAGCUACCUCGCUCAUUGCCGUUCCCCGCAUCAGUUGAUUAUACUACUACGGGAGUGCGCACCGGAGGCACAACAAUCAAUAUCGGCGAAACACUGGAUAUUAAUCAGCUUGAAAGCACACUUCAGACGUUGAUCGGUCGAAUCGAAAGACUAGAGCGUGAGCGGAACGAGUACCGUGAGGCUCUUGAUCGUCUGAAGAAAAAGACGAGCGACACUCACACAACAAUUCACAAACGGGAGACCCGCUACAAAACCAUCGAAGAAAAUCUGACCGACAUGGAAGACGAGAAACGUGCGAUGGAAGUGCGGUUGGCAUCAGCCAAGCAGCUACUACGCUCACAGGAAGAAGCACUGAAGCAGCGUGAUGAAGAGCGACGUCAGCUCAAAGCUAAAAUGGUGGCUGCCGAUUUAGAAGCACGUGGAAAAGAUGCCCAACUUCGACAUCUCAAUGCUAGUAACUCACAGUAUUUUCAGGAGCAAUUGAAGAAUUUACGCAAUGAUCUUGAGAGUGCACACGCGGAUCUUCGCAGCCUACGUGAACAUGAAGAGCAAUGGGAUGCAAAUAGAUUUCAACUCGAGAGCAAACUUCGAGACAAGGAAGGAGAAACACAACGUCUUAACUUGUUGAUGGCAAAUCUUGAAAGUGAAAAACAGACACUGAAUGAGCGAGUGAAAGAACUGUCCGGACAACUACAACUGAGCGAUAUUAAAUGCACAGAUAUGAAAGAAGAUCUAGAAAGGCUCAAAAGAGAGCUUACGAAGGCGGAAAAUGUCGAGCUGGAGCUUCGCAAAACUUCGGAUUACCAAUCCAGAACAAUCAGUGAAUAUCAAAUACUUCGGGAUCAGAUAACCGGUGCGCAAAACGAUCUUGCAAACGCUAACAAUCAGAAGCAGCAACUGGAGCACGAACUGACGGCCCUUAGAAGUGAACUUCGCGAAUACAAGCAGCGCGUACAUGAUCUUGGAGGGCGUGCUUCCGAUUUGCAGCGUCAAUUGCAGGAUACGCAUGGAGAAAAGAAUCGACUUGAAGAAAGAGUGGUCACACUCGAGAAGGUUGUCUUUUACAAAAGAAAAAAAAUUAAAAAAGAAUCAAAUCUGAAACCAGCUGUGGUAAGCUACUCAUUCAUUUCAGUGGCAUCUGAUUCGUCAGGCUGGCUCUCCUAG